UCACGGUAAGGUUUUGGGCCAUCCAUGAGUAUACGAAUAUAAAUACUCACCCCUGAGCGACAAUACCUACAACUCUAAGAGCAGCCAAGCACCUUGCUGGUUCUAUGGCUUGACCACGAGAAAAUUCUGCCCCGCAAAGAUUCCCCUUAUUUUCCUUCCUGUUUCAACAUCUCAGUAAUUAAUACCAUACCAAUGCUAACCUUACCUACAUCCGCCAUGUCAACCCCUCCAACGCACUGGACCAAACCAAUCGUCGGGCAAACGGUAACCUCCAAGCCCUCAAUCGAAGAUCCUUCAAACACCUCCACUCGACGCAUCGAGACCGAAGAAGUACCUGUGGUCACCGAUGGCCUCCACCGCCGUCUCAGCAACCGCCAGGUCCAGCUCGUCGCGAUCGGGGGCUCCAUAGGCACAGCCGUCUUCGUCAGCAUGGGGGGUGCCCUUCAGCGCUCUGGGCCGGGCAGCCUUCUGCUGGCGUUUGUCAUCUAUACGAUCGUACUCUCGCUUUGCAACAACUGCAUGGCCGAGAUGUCUGUCUACAUGCCUGUCAGCGGCGGCUUCGUCAGACUUGCGGGGAAAUGGGUCGACGAUGCGUUCGGCUUCAUGGCUGGCUGGAACUUCUUCUUUUACCAAGUCUUCCUUAUCCCGUUUGAGAUUGUGGCUUUGACGCUGGUGAUAUCAUACUGGAAUGACAGGAUCCCAGUCUAUGCCAUUUGUUUGGGAUGCAUUUUUCUCUAUGGACUCAUCAAUAUCUUUGCCGUCGGGGUUUAUGGAGAGGCUGAGUUCUACCUCUCAAGCGGCAAAGUAAUUCUCCUCGCGAUGCUUCUCGCCUUUACCCUAGUCACAAUGGCAGGAGGUAACCCACAGCACGAUGCCUACGGAUUCCGAGCCUGGUCCGCCGGCUACUUCGCCGAGGACAUUAACACCGGUUCCCUCGGGAAGUUCGAAGGCUUCCUAUCCGCUCUCUGGACCGCAUCCUUCACCUGCGUCGGACCCGAGUACGUCUCCAUGAUGGCCGCCGAAGCCAAACAUCCCCGUAUCUACGUCAAAACGGCCUUCAAAGCAGUCUACUGGCGCAUCUGGAUCUUCUUUGUCGGAAGUGCCCUGGCCGCUGGUAUUGUUGUCAGCCACACGGAUCCGACUCUCGUCGCAAUAUACACCGGCAAUGGGGGCUCUACGGGCAGCGCGGCUGCAUCGCCGUAUAUCAUCGCCAUGGGCAACCUCGGGAUCGACGUCUUGCCACAUGUUGUCACUUUCUUCUUGGCAACCACUAUCUUCUCGGCCGGCAGUGCCUACACUUAUUGUUCGACAAGGACGCUCUAUGGUCUAGCACUCGAGGGGAGGGCACCGCACUUCCUGACAAAGACGACGAAGAAGGGUGCCCCUAUCAACUGCCUUGCGGUGGUUAUGGUGUUUCCCCUUUUCUCGUUGCUGCAGCUUUCGAGCUCUUCGGCAAAGGUACUCGACUGGUUGAUUUCCCUAACGACCGCGGCGACUUUAAUCGACUACAUUGUCAUCUGCGUCACGUAUAUCUGCUUCCACAGGGCCUGCAAGACUCACAACUUUGAUCGCUCUCGUCUCCCCUAUAUCGGUCAAUUCCAGCCGUAUAGCGCGUACAUUGGACUGGUCUGGAUGAGCUGUGUCGUUAUUUGCUACGGAUACCGUUCGCUCAGCCCGUUCGAUCCUACUUCGUUCUUCAUCCACUACACUAUGGUUCUUCUCGCACCUCUGUUGUUCUGCUUCUGGAAAUACUACAAGCACACAAAGACUCUGCGGCCGGACGAGGUCGACCUCGUUUGGGAUGCCCCUCGGAUAACCGCAUACGAGGAGCUGCUGAGUGACGUUGAACCUCCUGUCGGAUUCCUACGAGAUAUAGCCAACCAUUUCUCAGUAAAGAGGCUCAUGAAAAGGCGCGAUAUCGACGGCAGAGUGUGAAGCAAACCGAGGCUGUACGAUCCAACAUACACACCGUCUCUCGCUUAGCCAAACUACAUGGACAGAGUAUACCAAAGCCCUUCCGCGACAGCCCCUGCGCCAACAAGCCACGGCGCGAAGCGCGCUCCGGCUUCCAGAAGAACUCGUUUCUGCUUAUCAAAGAUCUUGCUUCUGAGUGCUGCCGCUUCGUUGCCUUGUGGGAAAAGCCUCUCCAGCACAGGCAUCUCAAGGAACUCGCACAAGGGGCCCCAGCCCUCACCAAGCUUGUACACCAGCAGUCUCUCCUUGGGGACCGUCUUGAGAAUAUGCUCGUGAUGGCGCUCAUAGAUCUCGCCGAGCUUCGAUUCUAAUUCGGGAACGUUGCUACCUCCCACCCAGCCCAGCAUCAUCUUCUGGAUGUUCCCCGUGCUGUCGGC